AUGGCGAUACUAAACACUCUACUGUUCUACAGAACCGGGAAGGACAUUACUGGCCAGGUGUUUAGGAGUCACAACCUGGGAAAAUCGCCUUCUUUUUUUUUUCACUGGCUGCUCCUUCCAACCCCUCCUAUUUUACACUCGGCUUCACAGCAUUUCUACUCAAAAGUGGGAAUGGAAGAAAUAGCAGAAACGGAGGAUUUCACAUGGAGCAGAGAAACGGUUCCCCGAGUCCUCUUACUUGUUUCCUCCAGAUUAUCUCAGGGAGACCUUUUCUCUCUCUUGCUCGUCAACCCAUGGAUUUAUCGGACUCUUGUCUCCGCCUCAUCGCUUUGGGAGGUCCUCAAUUUUCGAGAGAGGAAAAAUGCAGGGAAUCGGCUUAUAGCUGCUCUUUCUCUGCCUAGAUAUCGCAAUGUUAAGCAGAUUAACCUGGAAUUUGCUCAAGAUGUUGAUGACACACAUCUCACCAUUCUCAAGACUAAGUGUUCAGAUUCUCUUAAAGGCUUGGAUUCCUUGAACCUGAAUGGCUGCCAAAAAAUCUCAGAUGAAGGAGUUGAAGCUGUAACCAGCUGUUGUCCACAACUGAAAACCUUUUCCAUCUACUGGAAUGUGAGGUUAACAGACGCAGGACUAAGGCAUUUAGUGAAAAAUUGCAAAGGCAUAGUUCAUCUGAACAUAAGUGGCUGUAAGAAUAUUUCAGACCAAAGCUUGGAAUUUAUUGCUGACAAUUAUUCAGAAUUAGAGUCAUUGAACUUGACAAGGUGCGUCAAGCUUACAGAUUCUGGCUUAAAGCAGUUACUACAGAAAUGUUUAUCUCUUCAGAGUCUAAAUCUCUAUGCACUGUCAAGUUUCACAGAUAAAGUUUACAAGAAGAUGUCCCUCCUGGUGCAUCUCAAGCUUUUGGAUCUCUGUGGUGCCCAGAACCUUUCAGAUGAAGGACUUUCCAGCAUUUCUAAAUGCAAGAAUCUUAUAACCCUCAACCUGACAUGGUGUGUGCGUGUGACAGAUGAGGGGGUCAUAUCCGUUGCACGGAGCUGCACCUCUAUUGAAUCUCUAAGCUUGUUUGGAAUAACUGGUGUGACUGAUAAGUCUCUAGAGACACUCUCAAAAUCCGGUUCCAACAAGAUCACAACCCUUGAUGUGAACGGAUGUAUUGGCAUCAAGAACCGGAGCCGCGAAAAACUGCUUCAGUUGUUCCCAAAUCUGAAAUGCUUUAAAGUGCACAGCUAGGGUGGUGCUUUCCUGAAGUUUCCAAACGAAAGCAGCCUCUUGAGACAGGUUAUUUAACCUGCCAACCACACAUGCAGAUGUACUCCCAAGCCCUGUUUUCUUCGAAUCAUUUCUAGUUGGCAGAUGCUUAACCAUGUUGUGUUAGUUUCAUAUUGAAGUCGCACAACUUCGUUUUUUAACUUUAUAUUGGCAUAUUUUAACAGAAUUAUUUUGUUUGCAUGUGGAACCACUGAAAUCCGGGGGAAGGGUAUCAUUUCGGACAAUUUUUUUUUGGGAGAACUUUUUACGACUCAUAUUGGGCUUCAUGGGUAUAUUUAUAAUUUCUUCA